UUGUUUACGAGACGCUAUCUCGUUCAUGUCUGUAGCGUCUUCACAUCCUCUUAAGUUGCUGUUCUCGUUCCUAUUUUUAGACCCGUUCAUUUUUUUAUUAAAUAAAAUUUUAUAUUGUUAUUUAGUUUUGUUUUCAUCGUCAUAUUAUACUUGGACGUUAGUUUAAAAUUAUCGUAAAACGUUCAGCUAAAACAGAAUGGCCGACAACCAACAACAGCAGCAAAACGGCUCGCAACAAUUUGAAAACGCAGAAGGACAGCAGAUACAACACAUAAAUGGUUCCGCCGAUAGUUCCAACUCAAAUAACGAUUCAGGACAAUUUGAAUGCGUCAGGGAUGAUGACAGAAAAAUUUUUGUUGGAGGUUUAAAAGGAGAGACCACAGAAAAAGAUUUAAGCGAACACUUUGGCCAAUUCGGUGAAAUCGAAAAUAUAAAUGUUAAAGUAGAUGCUGCUACUGGCCGAGCAAGAGGGUUUGCUUUUAUUGUAUACAAGACUAUGGAGGGCCUAGAAAAUGCCUUAGCGUGUACUAAUCAUGUGAUUAAUGACAAAAAAAUUGACCCUAAAAAAGCGAAGGCAAGGCAUGUUAAAUUAUUUGUCGGAGGACUGUCUCCUGAUUUGACAGAUGAUGACAUUAAAGAUUAUUUCAAACGUUAUGCGCCAUUAGUAAAUGCUGAAAUGCCAUACGACAAAGUUAAAAACCAACGGAAAGGUUUCUGUUUUGUUACUUUUGAUUGCAUGCAAGCGGUAACUGAAAUAUUAAAGACUCCAAAACAUGUCAUUAAUGGAAAACAAGUUGACGUUAAAAAAGCAGCAUUAAAAGUUGAACCCUUUGGUAUGAUUCCCGGCGGUUCCGGACCUAUGAGAGGAAUGAGAGGGAAUGUCAGAGGUCGAGGCGGUAGGGGAGGAUUUUUACCUCAAUCAGGUUACGCUCCUGGUGCUCCUGGAUACGGCUUUGGAGGAUAUGAUUAUUACAAUCAAUAUACUGGUUAUAGUCCCGAGUACAGUUACAGCUAUGGUUAUCCUAGUUAUGGUGCUGGUGCUGGAGCAGAUUAUCAAUUUGGCGGUUAUGAACCACCUGCACCACGCAGUGUUCAUGGAAAUCGCGGAGGAAAAGAUUUUCCUCAAAGAAAGCCAGUCAAGACUUCAGCUUAAACACCUUUGCUGAGCCAUUUACAGUCGUCGUAAGCUAUACUGUUUCAUGAGGGCAGUAUUGUUGAUUUCGUUUGCUUAUGUACAAUUAUAUAUAAAUAAAAAGUUGAAUAAAAAAAAUUAUAAAAUUGGAUCCUUUGGCCAAAGUGUAUAGAAUACUUGGACAAAUGUCUAUCAGGGUCUAAUAUAUUACAAUAUGUAUGUAUUGUAUGUACAUAAAAGAAUGCCUACAAUUUUUGAUGUUUAUCUCAAUUUUUUUUUUGUGUAAUUUUUUAAUUUAUUUAUAUUUUGUACUUUUUUUAAUACAAAAUAAGUCCAUAGAAUUAUGUUUUUGAUAGGGUGUGCACACGUUUUUCCUUCCUUAUACUUUUUUUGGACAGCUAUACAUUUAAUAUGUAUUUGCUGUGCAUUCGAAGAAGGUUGAUCUAACAUAAGAUUAUUUAUGAUGUUUCAAUUUUUGUCAGAAUUAAAUUUACUAAUAUUCUUGGAAAACAAAAUUAAAAUUGUGUAAUUUUUUUUAAUUUAAUAAUUUAAUGGUUUUAAAUAUUCAAAAGUAUUGCAGUCAUUAGACAUUCAACAAUAAAACUUAUACGCUAAUAUGA